GGGGAAGUAGCUCCAGAAGUACCCAGUAUGGUAGAGGCAGUCGUGUAAAUCGCACAAAUCAAUACGAAAUCCUUAAAUCGCGAUAUUCGGUGUAAAGAUUUCUUACAGUUGUUCUUUUCUUGCGAUAGAUAACUACACAUGAUCUUACGUGCAGUUUUUAAAUAAUUAUGUAUGAACUGGAUUCUAGAAAUUGAAUUAUUGAAAAUCUGUUGUGAUUAUAUUAUUGCGUGAAAUUACUUAUUUCUGGCAACAUGUCCCUGCGUAGGACGGUUCCUAGAAGAUUGCCUGAGGGCGAAGAGUUAGAAGCUGCCGGUUUACCUUCGCUAGAGCAAUGUCCUACUUCCGUCAUCUCACUAAUCCGGCAAUGGGUAGCAUGUCUUUCCGCUACGCUAACCAUGGUCAUAGUCGGUACAGUCUACGGAUGGACAACGACUUCACUUGAUCAUCUAACAUCUGGGACUACUGACAUGCCGCUAACGUUAACACACGACGAAUUUUCAUGGAUCGUUUCUGUGACAGUACUUGGUUCAAUGUUCGGUUCACUUGUGGGUGCCCGGUUGGCCGAUCGCCGUGGUCGUAAAUACUGCCUCCUUUUAUGCUGCACAAUUUUCACCUUAGGCUGGUUCAUCAUCUACGUAACAACUUCCGUGACAAUGCUAUACCUUGCUCGGGUGAUUCUCGGUAUAGGCGUUGGCAUUGCCUACACGAUAAAUCCCAUGUACGUGUCAGAAGUCGCCAACAUCAAUAUCAGAGGCGCCCUAGGUACUCUAAUCGCAGUGAACGUAUUUACUGGGUCAUUGCUUACCUGCACCCUAGGAACCUGGCUGGAAUACCGGCAGCUCCUGACGGUUCUUGUAACAAUAUCCUUUAUAUCCAUCUUGCUGAACACGUGUUUCCCCGAAACUCCGUAUUUCUUGCUGACAAAAGGCAAAACGAAGAAAGCACGCAAGUCGAUAGCAUAUUACAAAGACAUAGUAGAUCCUGAAAGAGUGAAAUUCGAACUACGUGCUCUACGCGCAGAAAUCAGAUACGAAUUACACCAACAAUCCGGAGGUGAUUUACCCCUACAAUCAAGAAGCGAUUUACCCUUUCAAUCCGUACGCGGAGCAUACUCAGACUCCUUUUGGGAAGUAGUAGACACAGAAGAAACGUCCGUUUUACACUUACCAUCCAGUAGCGAUUCACCAUCCAUAUCCGCAGUACAUUCAGAAGUCGUAUGCGAAGUACACCAGCGACCCACAAGUGAAUUACACCUACAACCCUCACGGGACUCGCGCCAAUUACACUCUCAAUCCACGAGCGAAAUACACCAGCCAUCCACAAGCGAAAUACACCGACCAUUCACAAGCAAAAUACGCCGAUCAUCCACAAGCGAAAUACACCGGCCAUCCACAAGCGAAGUACACCGACCAUCCACAAGCGAAGUACACCGACCACCCACAAUCAAAAUACACCGAUCAUCCACAAGCGAAAUACACCGGCCAUCCACAAGCGAAGUACACCGACCAUCCACAAGCGAAGUACACCAACCACCCACAAGCGAAAUACACCGACCAUCCACCAGCCAAAUACAGCGACCAUCUGCAAGCGCGAUGCACCCAGAAUCCACAAGCGAAAUACGCCGACUAUCCCCAAACGAAAUAGAAUCAGACCUCAUACGUGUAAUACGAUCCAGUAGCGAUUCACGCACACAAUCCGAUGUGGAUUCACGCACACAAUCCGAUGUGGAUUCACGCGAAUCGUCUGACACAGAUGAGACAUACAUGGAUGAAACUGAACAUACCUUUUUAAGCAAGCUGCGAGUAAUACUACAUGGAAACCACAGGAAAGCUCUGUUUAUCAUGCUUGGCUUGAUCAUGGCACAGCAACUUAGCGGAAACUUCGUCACUACGCAGUAUCUGCAGGUGCUGUUUAGCAAAACUACGAUCGUUAUCAACCCAUACGAAGCGACGGUGUUGGUCCAGCUUGUCAGCCUUAUAUCUGGCACUUUGACCAUCUUAACAGUGGAAUUCAUUGGAAGAAGAAAACUUUUGAUUCUGUCUACGGGUGGGUCGUGUGUUACAUUGAGUAUUUUAGCAACUUAUCUUUUGUUAGCUGAACAUAAGUAUGACGUUUCCGACGUCUCUUUUGUUCCAGUUAUCGACUUAAUUAUAAAUCAAGUAGUGUUUCAAAUUGGUUUAGGCACGUUACCCAAUGUUAUCCUAUGCGAGUUAUUUCCUCCGGAAUUAAGAGGCUUUGUUGGUGCCAUCAUUGUAAUUUUCGAUAGCAUAAUUGGUUUUACCGUGUCGAAACUGUAUCAAGUGAUUACCGAUAAUGUAGGAUCGUAUGUGAUUUACUUUAUCUUCGCGACAUCAUGCUGUUUGGCAUGUCUAAUGCUGUUCAUAUGGGUACCGGAAACGAAAGGAAAAACAUAUCAGGAGAUUGAAGCGCUUCUAGUUGGUAAAAAUUUGAACUCUUUGAAUGAAGAAGUUAGAACCGAUGAAAUGGAUAAUUAAAGAUUCUGACAGGAGAAAUUGCACCGUACAUCCGUUGCACGGUGUCUACUCGGAAUAUUUUAUUUCUCAUUUUUAUUAGUAUAAGGAUAAAGAUCCAUAAUUUUACCACGAUAUGCAAUUUUUGUAGUAACGUAGUUUUCUUCGUUUGUUCAUGUAACUUUAGAAAUGUGUCUAACAAAGGUGAUGGUCAUUUACAAACAUAUCUAUCGUAUAAAUUGACUUGCAUUGAACUUAGAGAAGUACAUGUUCUCAAACUAAACUUUUUAUCCAUUUCAUAACACGAACAAUGUAAGAAUAUUAGUUAAUUCGAGAUAAUUGAACAACAGUUUGUAAAAGUAAGAAAAGUAAUAUAUUAAAGAAUGACAAGGUAACAUAA